AUGCAUGUUUACGAGUUUCUCUUUCUUUCUGUAUGCAAUUCUGCAUUUUCCGACGACUUGAUCAGAGACUGUUCGAUGCAUCUUCCGGAGACUUUCGAUGCAUCUUCCAGUCACUGUUCGUUGCGCCUUCCGGUGACUGUUCGAUGCAUCUUCCAGUCACUGUUUGAUGCAUCUUCCGUUACGUUUUUAUGCGUCUUGGUUUGUUUCUUGUUUCUUCCCGAUUUUACAUUUACGUCUUCCGACUUAUAUACUCCGCAAAUAAACUUGUGUUACUGUACCCUCGAGUUUGACGGUGCAUCCAGUGGAAAUUCUGGAAAAUCUGGUGAAACUGGGAAUGAGUUUGCGGGUAAUUGGAAAGUCAAUAACCUAAAUUUAAGGGACUUGCGUAAUGAGGCUUUGGACUUGAAGGAUAACUUCAAGUCAGACAGUGUUCAACAUAUUCCUAAGGGUUCUAACAGAGAAGCUGAUGCUCAAGCAAGUUGGGGCAAAAAUCUUGAAGUUGGCCAAAUUCAAGAAGACUAUUAUUACUAUUGA